AUGUCUUACGUUUACCUUAUGUCUUCGCAGAUAUCCCGCAUGUCUUACGUUGUUUCAUCAGAUUAUCAGAGAAGACUUCGCAAGCUUGAGGAUGAAAAUAUUAAACUCAAGUCCCAAGUUUCUACUCAUGAGAGUGACACGUCUGAUCUUCUCACGAGGAGCGGCAGAUUAGAAGCCGAGGUGUCUACUUAUAAGAAUCAUAUAACCGAUCUUCGGAAGAUGAACGAUCAGCUAGUUGAGAUUUACAGCCUUUCUGACGAGGCAUCUUCUUUAUUUCGCUCCUUUCAUCAUAGUGUCACUGAUGAUGCUCUCCUUGAGCAUCUUAAUGCUUCCCUAAGUAAUAUUACUGAUGACAAAAUAAAAACCCUUUCCUUGGAAGAUCUCAAGGAAAAUUAUCGACUUCUUAAUAUUGAUCACAGGAGUGCCUUAUCUACUAGUAAUCGUUUUAAACGCCUCUUCUUGGAAUCCAAAGAAAGGGUUAAAGUUUUAGAAGCUAGGAUUAGUACUCUUAUUACUGAGAAAGAUCGGUUUGCUCUUAAUGGUGCGAAAGCUUUAAAGGAAUUUCAAGAAGCCAUUCUCCAAGUUCAAAUAGAGCGGAAUCUGGCUAUAAGCAAAAAAGACGCACUUAUUGAACAAGGGAAUUUGAUCCGUUCCCGACUUCUUAUAGAGAGCGAUGUUGAGUUUGAAUGGGCUGCUAGGGUCUUAGAUAAUGCUAGAAAGGAUUUAGCUGUUAGUGUUAGUCUUGAAUCUGAUCAUGGUGCUUUGGUUAGAGAUAUCCUUUCUAAAAAAGAAGAUGAUGAGAAGGAAUUCCGUGAGAAGAUUGAGAGUCUGGAGGCGAAGUUUUCCGCUCGUAAUUCUAAAUAUCGCAGGCUCAAGAAAAAUCUCACUACAACCGUUUCCAACUUGAGCAAUGAUGAUGUUCGCAUUCUAGAUGCAGCUAUCAAGAAAGUGUGUGUGGAUAAUGGCAUUUCUCCUUCAACUUACAGAUUCGCUGAAGUUCCUCCGAAUGAAAAAGAUUCGGAUAUCUCUGAUAGUGAAGGAAAAUAUGAGCAUGAGGAGAUUGAUGAGGAGGGCAACGAUUCUGAGGCUGACGAGGUUAAUGAAGAAGACACGGAUGGAAAAUAA